UGAAUUGCGCCCACCCCGUUUUAAAGACCCGAAAAGCGGGAGUGUCUGUAAGGAUAAAGGUACCCCCAUACACGAUACAUCCCAUGUCAUACUCUUUCUUCCUCUUCUUAUAGACUGAGUGUAUCUUAGGAAUAGUAGUUGUAAUGGAGGAGGUUUCACCAUCAAAACAACACAAAAGCAAAUAAAAGAGAGUGACACAACACAACACAACACAAAACCACCAUGACCAGUAAAGUAAAAUUAAACAACAAAGAAGAAAUGAUAGACAUUGAUCACAACUUAGAUAAACAUAUUCACAAACAGAUGGGAUGCAUGGCUGGUUUGUUUCAAAUCUUCGACCGUAACCAUUUUCUUUCUGGCAAACGCAUCUACAACAACACUAAAAGAUUACCUCCGCCUUCACCGGAGAAAUCAGAGAAAGAUGAUGGCAAACCGGUGUUUUCAUCACCGUCACCGGUUAAAGAGAUCAAAAGUGAAACAAAACAAGUCCUUCCUGUUCUGGAACUUAAGGAAGGUACAAGGUCUUCAUGGAAAUUCUCAAGAGAGGCUCCUAGGCUUUCUUUAGAUAGCAGAGCAGUUGUUGAUGCCAAAGGAGGGCUUCACCCUAGAGAGAUCCGAACAAAUGCAACUGCUAAUCUUGAGAACGACGGUGAUAAACAGCGUCGUUCUACUAGUAGUGUUAUUGUUAGAUUAAUGGGUCUUGACUCAUUACCAUCGGAUUCCGGCGCAAAGCUUCAGAGAUCUGCGUCCGAGUCCAGAGUCUCCAGAGAUCGGUUUUCAGAGCCAAAAUUGAAGUCCAACGGUUACACUCAACGGAGCAAUGUCGGCUCGGGCCAGAUGAAUAAUAAUAAUCAUCAUCGUUCUAAUGCUGUUAAUGUUAAUAAUAAUGUUAAUGUUGUUAAUUCUUAUGGUAACAUUGAUAAUGGAUUGUGGAAUGGUAGAGGUGUGGAAGGAGGAAGAGGGAAGCAGAAUAAGGGAACAAUGAUGGUGCAAAAGAAGAGUUUCUACGACUCUACUGAUUUCUUCCCUGAACCAAAGCACAAUGAUUUGAUCUAUGGAGAGAUUGAGAAAAGGUUGAAGAUGCGUGGGAUUAACCAACCUUCUCAAGAUCUUGACACACUCAAGCAUAUCUUAGAGGCUCUGCAGCUUAAAGGUCUGCUUCAUUCACAAAAACAUGACCAAUCUCCCAUUGUGCUAAUGAAACCACUGAGAUCUUCUUCUCUUUCUCGGUUUGAGCGGUUUAAUAGAACCGGUUAUGAUUCUCCUCCUCCGCAUUCUUCUGUUCGGUCCAGUCCUCGUGCUCGUCGAAACUUGAGCCCAAGAUUUGAUGACCGGGCUCAAGUUAAUUCGAGAAACUCAAGUCCGACCCGGAGGAAUGUCCCGAACGUGGAAACACGGAGGAGGCUUAGUAAUGAAGGUGUUGAUUCUAGAAGAGUGUCCCCGGUUAAUUCGCCGAAGAUAAGUUCAAGAAGAAAUGCAACUGCUCAGACAGCGACAGGAGGAUCUCCCAGGAUGAGAAAAGUGAUUGAUCCUAAGGUGAAAAUGUUGGGUGUAGCAGAGGAUGAAUGGUCCACAGUUUCAGAGAAUAGCUUCACCACCUCCAAUUCACUUACCGACACAGAGAAGUAUAAAUUGGAGGAGUACAAAGAAGGGAGGAAUCUGCUUGAUAGAUGUGAUAAAUUGUUGAACAGCAUAGCUGAGAUAACAGCCGCGAACGAGUUACAACCGAGUCCAGUAUCGGUUCUUGACUCGUCUUUUUACAAGGACGAGUGGUGCUCACCUUCACCAAUUACCAAACGAUGCAUUGAUUACAAUUUCAAAGAUCAAUCUACGGAAUCAGAAGAUGAUAUGUGGAGUGCAGGAGAAGGAAAAUCCGAGGAGGAGGCAAAAUCGGAGGAUUGUGAUUUUGUUUAUGUGUCGGAGAUUCUGCGAGCUUCUAGUUACUUGCCUGAAGAAUGCGACAUUUUCCUCCUACUUGAGAAGCAACAAUUUCGUAAGGGGAAGGAUACUUCAAAAGCUCCGACUCUGCAGAGGCGGUUAAUUUUCGACACGCUGCAGGAAAUUCUUAACCGGAAUCAAAGGUUACCACCGUGGAAGGCAGUGUCUAAAGGAGAGGAGACACAUCAUAUUUGGUCAGAGUUUCGGAGGAUAAGAGAGAGGGAGGAAUCUGAAUCAGAAGAUUUGUUUGGAGUGAUAUGUGGUGUGUUGAAGAAGGAUAUGGCAGAGGAGAUGAGUGGUUGGGGCGAAUGGACGGUGGAGAUGGGAGAUGUCGUUUUGGACAUCGAACGACUCGUAUUCAAGGAUUUAAUUGGCGAAACUAUACAAGAUCUUGCUUCAUUUGCACCUCAAUGUAACAAACAAGAGGCGCUUCGAAGAAAGCUUGUGUUUUGAAUUGAAUUUCAAUAACAACAUCAAAGAAAAAGAGGGAGAGAAAAAUUGGUGGAGAAGUAAAAAGUAGAAAUAGUUGCAUGCUUUGUUCAAAUUUUAGCGCGCUUAAUUGCAUCAUUUUUCUUUUUUCAUUGCUUUGUAGUGAUUUUGCUUUUACUUUUGUUAAUGACCAUGACAAAAUUAGGAAUUUAAAAUCUGACCAUAACUUUAUGUCAAUAUAAAAGGAAGUGUUGGAUGAUCAUUGUUAUA